UCGUCGUUGAACACACUGACGAACAAUCUCCUGGUGAUCCUCAAAAUUGUGAUGAAUUUUGUGUCACUACUGAAUUGAUACGUGAAAGAUUUGUAGCAGAGAAAUGCAAAGUAGAUGAUUGCCGGAGUGAAAAUAAACGCGACUAGAAGCUGAUUAUUCAACCACCAUCAUUUUUAUCACUCAUUAAAUUAUCGCACAAACGACAAUGUCACGAGAUUACGAGAGCCGGCGACGCAGUAGUACCAGUGGAUCCAGCAAAAUGCGAAUGGACACGAGUGUAUCACAAUCUAGACCACACACAGAGACGUCAUCAAAUAAACGUAAAGAGAUAGAUAGCGUGAUGCGGAAGGCACGUGAAUCACAGUCAAGUUAUUGGAAUAAAAAAUUACUCGAAGCUGAAGAACGUGAUCCUAAUCGAUGGCGUCAUAGUGGCUACAAAGAAUUGUAUGUUGGUGGCACAAACAGUGGAGAGACAAGCAGAAGCCAUCCAAGAAGCCCAAAAAGUCCUCGUCCACGCAGUCCUCAUAGUCCUCGUGCCCGUAGUCCAAAGUCACCACGAGAACGUACACACACAAGGACCAGACCGGCGCGAAGUCCGAGCUCCGGAAGCACCUGCUCGGAUCGCUCGUGUUCCGUUUGUUCACCGAGGGAACGUCGUCGCGUUGUACCGCAAUCACGUUCUCGAUCGAGAUCGAUAUCGCCCGUACGACAACGAGCACACCCGAAGGAAAUAGUCGCGUCGAGUUCGCGGGCGGUAGUACCUCGUACAAAACCGAGGCCACCACCACCGAUGCCGCGGCCGCGUACACCACCACCAGAACCACUGCCACCGUCCAAACAUCAAAAGGAAUAUAAGGUUCUUAAGGAAAAAGAAUCUACCAGGACACGUCGCAAGGAAAAACAUCAGAGCAGCAGUAGGGUUCCUGAAGAUCCCAGAGUUUCUGAACCUAUUCCAUUGAUGCGGAAGCCUGUGAAAAUUGAAAAAACUCAUUCAAGUCAUUCACAAACAUCAACUCAUAUUCAUCCACCACCAGCAGAAUCAUCAUGUAGUGAAGAUAGUGAUACUUCGUCUAAUGUUUCUCAAGUUGGUCCACCGAGGAUGACAUUAUCUGAAAGAUUUGGAAAAAUGGCACAAUGGAGUGUUGACAGACGAGACAUGGAGAACAUGCGUAUUACAAAAGACGGUGAAAAUGCAAUGAAAGUUGUAAUCGAAGGUGAAGAAAGAGCAGCUCGCUUAGGAUAUGAUUCACCACCUCCAGGUCAUUAUCCCGAAACUCUUCUUGCUCAAGGACCGAGAGGACUUGACUGUUGGGAUGAUGUACGAGUUAGAUAUGAUUAUUACAAAGCUCGAGGGUAUCUUCGAGAUUUAACUCUUGAUGAUUAUGUCAAAUGGGAGGAAUGGUGGUACAAAUAUCAAGAAUGGCUAGAAGCUGAACGCUACUAUGAACAAUGGGCUACAUCAGGUGGACAUCGUCCUGGUGGUGGAAGAAAACGCCGUGGAAGACGCAAUAAUGUUAAUCAUUAAAAAGUUCUUAUCAUUUCAAAUAUAUAGCUUUUCGAUGUCGUGUCAUUUAAUGUCAUUAAAAAAAAUACAUGAGUUAACUUCAA